UUAUGAGGUCAGACAAACAGCGGCUAUCAAAAUAGAGGCGAGCAAUGGCGGCCGAGGUGGGAGGUGGUAGAACCCAGUGACACAUUUUCGCCAUUUUCUCCUCACACGACGCCUUCCAGCCAUUAAAUGGUCAGACGGCACUCUUCACAGCACCAUGAGUGAGCCAUGUGGCGGCGGCGGCGGCGGGGUGAGAACGAGAACCUACCCCUCCGUCAGUAGCAUGGAGCGGGGCGGAGGUGGAGGUAGCGGUGGAGGCAGCGGUGGCGCCUCCUCUUCCGCCUCCUCCACCUUAGGGUUCCCGAGGGUGACACUCCGCUCCCUGCUCAGCAACACGCCGUUUUCAAUACGGACGAGGCCAAAGAGAGUACGCACACCCUCAUCCUCAUACAAGUUAACCAUAGAAUCCGAGAGUGGCAGCGGUGGCGGCAGCGGUGCGGACUCCUGCGGGGGUGAUGGUGGGGGUGUGGCCGACCCGCCAAGCUGGUCAUCCAUCCGCCGCCACCACCACCCCGGGGGGCGGAGUCUGGUGGGCAGCCGGCGGGGGUCCGUUGGCUCGAGGGGCACCACGCGGGCGGAGUCCUGCUCCUCAGAGGGCGGGGCGUGUGGCGGCAGCAGCAACAGCGGGGAGGCGGCGGCAAGUGCAGCGCCUGGUGGUGGCACACAGGUCUCGGACACCCCUGGGGCAGCGGUGGCGGCAGCGGUGGCCGGCACGGAGGGCGCGGCGGCGGUGGGGCGCAGGGAGUGCCUGCUGUGCCUGCAGGAGGUGCCGGCGGAUGCCUUCCCCAGCCUGCUGUCCUGCCCCCACUCAGCCUGCCUGGCCUGCCUGCGCCAGUACCUGCGCGUGGAGAUCACGGAGUCGCGCGUCAACAUCAGCUGCCCGCAGUGCAGCGAGCUGAUGCACCCGUCGGACAUCCACGCCAUCGUCGACAAUGCGCUCCUCUCUUACAAGUUCGAGGACUUCAUGCUGCGCCGCGUCCUCUCCACCGAUCCCGACACACGCUGGUGCCCCGCCCCGGACUGCGGCUACGCGGUGGUGGCCUCAGGUUGUGCUGGCUGCCCCAAGCUCAAAUGUGAGAGGCCGGGCUGUGGCAGCUACUUCUGCUAUCACUGCAAGGCAGAGUGGCACCCCAACCAGACCUGUGACAUGGCGAGGGCCCAGCGCUCCCCCAACGUCCUGCUGUCCUCCUUCAGCUACAUCCACGACAUACAGACCAGUGAUGACGUGAAGGCAUGUCCACGCUGCCAGGUCUUGAUAGUGAAGAUGGACGACGGCUCCUGCAACCACAUGACCUGCAGUGUGUGUGGCGCCGAGUUCUGCUGGCUCUGCAUGAAGGAAAUAUCUGACCUCCACUACUUAAGUCCAUCAGGGUGCACGUUUUGGGGCAAGAAGCCAUGGUCAAGGAAAAAGAAGAUCCUUUGGCAGCUGGGCACGCUGGUCGGGGCGCCGCUGGGCAUUGGCUUGGUGGCGGGCCUGGCAGUUCCCGCCAUGAUCAUAGGCAUCCCUAUCUGGGUGGGCCGGAAGCUGCACGCACGCUACUCCAUGAGCAACCCUCACCGCCGGAACCUGGCGGUGGUGGGCGGAGUGACGGCCUCGGCUGUGAUCUCCCCAGUGCUGGCGGGCCUGGCGGUGAGCAUUGGCGUGCCCAUCCUGUUGGCCUACGUCUAUGGUGUGGUGCCAGUGUCCCUCUGUCGGUCGGGGGGCUGCGGGGUGACGACCUCCGCCUCGGGAGUUCGGAUAGCCUUCGACGAUGAGAACGGAAUGGUCUUUGGUCUCCCGGGAAGGCAGUCAGAAUCGAGUCAUGUCGGGGGCGGCACGGCUAGCAUAGGGGAGGUGUCUUGUGGGGCGUCCCUCUCGGCUGACUCGGCUGCCCACGCCCUGGCCGAGAGUGACAGGGAGAGCGCCAGCAACACAGCCAUAGCGCCAGCCUCACUCACGGGCUCCAUCGCAUCUUCCUGUAUAUCACGGACUAAUAGGCUGGAGGUACACGUGGACAUAGCUCAAGGGGCGCGCUCAACGGCCAGUGGUGAGACGGCUUCCCUGGCCAUCUCGGAGCGCUCCACUCACACCCUGGACACUGAGAAUGCUUCCCUCCGAGGUCUCGCCGGCUCACUCCUGCAGUACAAGGUGUGUGAGAGUGAGGCGGAGGGUGAGCUGGGCGGGGCAGCGGACAGUGCCAGUGGGGUGUUGGAGGGUCUGGGCCCCCACCCGGCUGGUCUGGGGCUGCACUCGUCGCUGCCCCCAGCGAGUGACGCUGGCUCGGCCGACCUGCAGCUAGACAGUGUGAGUGCCAUCAUCACAGCCAGACAGUUUUCACGGCGGCACAGUGCCUCGGCGGGCCGCGGCGUGACCUUCGUGGGUGAUGGGUUGGAGGCAGCUGACCACGUUGCCCUCACCCUGGACGACGAUGGGGAGGAGGAGGAGGAGGAAGAGGAGGAGGAGGAGGAGGAGGCUGGCCCUGACUCCCUCUUCAGCUAUGAGGAGGGUCAGGUGCCUCCCUCGGGUGGCCCUGAGUCUGAUGGGCAGUCCGCCAGCGGUGUAGGGUCUGAGGGUGGCUCCCCGGUGCUGGCGGCUGUGCACCAGCCUCACCGCCCAGACGCCCCACACCCUCAGCGGCGGGGGCGGCGGCGGCGGGCCUCUAGUGCUGAGGGGAAGGCCAGCAAGGGUGCGGCAGUGGCGGCGACGGAGCGGCCGGCGCGAUGCGAGUCCUUCCCUAAGCUGGAGACUCAGUGAGUACGUCUGUGAUGCUGUGAUAACUGUUUCUUCCUGUUUGUACGCUGUGGCUGAGGGGGCAAGUGUGGCCCUGGGGGGGUGUACUCUGUGGGGGGCCUGUAGGGCUGGCUGGGUAGAGGGGGGCUGUGGCACAAAGGAAGGGGGGGAUGGGCAGGUUAAGAGAGGAGACCGGGGGAGGCUGUCUGAAGGAGGAGAGGAAGGAGGAAAAGGGAACACACACACACACACACACACACACACACACACACACACUUGGUGCUUACCCAUGUCCGUUACUGUUGCGGCUUCCUUCACUGUCUUGGUCUGACGCACAAUUCAGCAACAAAGAAUCGCUCUCCUUCAGAGAUUGGAGAUGCAGACUUCUGAGUCUUGUCUUGGAGCAGAGGCAAGGCUUGUUUCUGUGAUGUUGUCUGACUUGAUGGUGAUUACAUUCAUUUGUUUCAUGAAGGAGCUGUCCAGUUUAGUAAGAUUUUUGCACAAAUGUAUAUUUUUAAUUUUCAAUUUUUAAUUUACUUAACAGUGGAAGUAGGUUUAUUGUAGAGGUAUUAUUAUGUUUUAUCUUGCAGAUAUAUUUUGGUUUAUGAGUAUGACAUUGUUCAGUUAACAGUAAUGUGGUAGAUAUAAUAUUUUGCUUUACUCAUAUAAUUAAAAUGUCGUGCAUAAUAAGAAAGGUGAUACACAGUGUGCAAGAUUUUUAUCUCAUAUUGGAGAUGGACAGUUAUGCUUCCCUGUGUGACAAGAACACACAGCACAUUAAGUACAUGAAUCAUAACCUUUGUGUGAUGAACGGAGCACAAGACUGUUUUGCAACUUCAUAUUGGAAGGCUGACGGAACGGUCCUAGCGCUGCCUUCCCUCCCUCCCUCCCUGCCAACACACAACAACAGCACAACACAACAUUCCAGCCUGGCAUUGGGGGCACCUUAGGCUGGGGCUCUCCAGGGCAUUGGAGAAAAGGGGAAAGACAAACGACACCUGCAACACACGCACACCUCCAUAGCAGAUCAAGGAAAAAUAGUGCACAAUGUUUUUUACCUUUAUUUAUUACUUUCUUGAAUGGUGCCCCCCCCCACCCCUCCCUCCCUUCCUCUCACCUGCUCCUCCUCCUCCUGUUGGGUAUUCUUUUUUUUAGCAGCUCCCCUUCUUAUCCCUUGUCCUCCUCCUCCUCCUCCUCCUCCUCCUCUCCCGCCAGCAAACGUCCCCACCGAGGGUUUCAAUCUCAUCAGCUGCUCGCUUCGUCUGAAUGCUGUGUUGUUGAUUGCUCACUUCCUCACGUAGGCACAAAUAUUGGCCUGCCCACUUUGUUCUCCUCCUCCUCCUCCUUUUUCUGCCAUAAGUUACUCUCAUUUUCAUCAUCCUUUCUCUCCUCUCCACCUCUUAAACCCUCAUCAUCUUCAUCUUUCUCCUUCUCCUUCAAUAUUUUCUAAUCUUUUUCCCUUUAGUUUUCCCUCCUCCUUUUCCUCAUCCCUUCAUAAAUCAUAAUUCUCUAUCCUUGUAUUUCCUAUUUUCCUCCUCUCCAUCCCACAACUUCUUCCUUCUUCAAUAUUUUCCCUUUUUUUCCUCAGUGCUCUUUUCCUUUUCCCUCCUGCUCUACUUCAUCCUUUUGUAAAUCAUAAUUGCCUCUAUCCUCUUUUUCCUCUUCUCCUCCUCCUCCUCUUUCCACAAAUAAGGGAGCUCUGAGGCAGGCUUUGGGGCAGUCCAUAAGUGUCUAACAUUGGGUAUUAGUAAGUGGGGAUUAGCUUAACAAUGCCCUUCAGUGUCAUGUCGAGUUAUCAUUCUUUAUUUCUCAUCCCUAUGUAAGUGUUUUUAAUCUUACAUGCACACAAACAUGGUAGGUCUUUCUUUACUUAUGUGAUCUUCAAUGCUCAAAGGUUUCAAUUAUUUUUUUGGGUCGCCCUUCCUCCUCCUCCUCCCCGUGCAGCUUGUUUUUUUUAUUGCUACAUGUAACUGAUGCCCUGUUCCUUGUAUCUGUUAUCAUUGCUCCCUUUCGCUAAUCAGUUUACGAAGAGACUGGUUUGGAUUUUUGGGGUAUAGGUAUUGUGGAACGCGGUAGGAAUACGUUUAAUUUGUUGUCACGUCACAAACACUUCCAAAGUUGUCAUUACUCUGCUGCUGCUGCUGCUGGUGAAACAUUCUGUCCAAAGAACCAAUGAUACGCAUUUCAUACAUUUGUACAUGUGUCUCGUCACUCUCCUCCUCAGCUAAAGUAAUGCAAAGUGAUAAUUAUAAGCUAGGUCAUUGAAGAAUGCUUGCUGUCUUGUGCUGCUGCUGCUGCUUGAGUGUGUGUGUGUGUGUGUGUGUGUGUGUGAUUUCUAGUUUGCAAUUUGAGCCCUGGAGGUUUUUAUAAGCUUGACGUUGAUUGGGCAGUGACUUGAGACAGCCAGUGUGUGAGCCAGGCUGCCUCAUGCCAUUAUCCAAUCAGUAACAAGCUCAGGAAAGCUGCCGAGGACCUAAUUACAAGCUAGAAACAGAGUAAAAUUUUUAAUCAUGUUUCAUUCCAGUAAAAAAAAUGCAUGAAUGAGUGUGUGUGUGUGUGUGUGUGCGUGCAUGUGUGCGCGCCCCAAGCAGCUAGUUUCAUCAUACUCCCUUACCUUUCUGAAUCAUCUUCCCCACACGUUACCACUUUCCCGUAGUCUGUAUUGUCAGUCUGAAGGGAUAGCCUGGCAUCCUCACCCUGCGUGGUGCCGUUACUAAGCAUUGUUCUAACGAUCCACCUCUUUGUAUGCUAUGUCGGGAUUGGCUGCUGAGAACAUACAACUCCACAGUGUUCUUUGUGGCCCUUCAUCUUGUUAGACUUUGGAAAUCAUGGCAGAGUUUAUUAGAACAUGUCGAGUGAUGCUGCGUUAGUUCUCUCAUGUUUGUCACUCAAAUCACUCCACUCGUGCUCAAAAAGUAGGUCGUCAUCAUUAGGGUUUUCAUUCUUCUGCAUUGCAUUCAUCAUUGGAUAAAAAAUCAUCUACUUCCAGUUAUGCAAAGUGAGAGAAUGUUGUGAAGUCUGCUUUGAAUGUCACUAGCUCAUCUUCCUUCACUCUCCUCACUUCCUCAUUUACGUUAUAUAAAAUGCAAUCCCUUAUGAAUGUUUUGAAUUUUGUACGAGUCUCCACAUGGAUUCUUCUCUUCCCGCCUCCUUAUUUCCUGUUGUGCAUAAUGGUUCCUCUUUGUGUUGAACAUUAAUUACUUUAAGAAUAAAAGAAAAUUUACACCGCAUAUCUUCUGUUUAUAAAGGUGGCUAUCAUUAUUUGUCAAUAGUGCUGUACAUGUGGUAGUUUUAUAUACCCAGGUGUGAAGCGAAGUUCUGUAUUUAUGUUUUAUGAGAGAAAAUAUUACGUGCCAGUUUAUGUAACUGUGUCAAAUGUCCACAGCUGCCACCGCCACCCGCUCUGCCUGACCCCGGGUGUUGGCAGCAGCGGUGGUGGUGGUGGUUUAUAUUUUGAGGUCUGGCGGACUAGCUAUUAUUUUUACUUAAGAUUUAUUUUCCUCAUUCAUACACUUAUUCUUCAUCUUUUGUUUCUCUCUCUCUCAGUUCUUUCACAAAUAUGAAGGUGUCUAGGCUUAGGUACAGGAUUGGACAGUCUUCUCUACCAAAGCAAUACGUAAAUACCUAAGGGCGAGCGUCCGUCAUUCUCUACGAACUGGUGUUGAGCGGGGAGCGCGUCAGUGUACAUAAACAUAGCUUUCAUUUAUGUAACUUUGACGGCCAGUGUUUCUUCUCGGCCAUGGCAGGCGCUCCUAUAACGUGGGUGAAUUUGGGUCAUGGUGUUUGUCAUAAUGUACUGCCAAGGUUUGUUUGUAAUAGAAGAUUGUGAGUGACAGAGCCAAGUAAGAUGUGGAGCUUAUCUGGCCCUCUCACUUCCACUUCAGUAAACCCUUUAUUCAAGAAUCUCCUGGAAAUCACAUUUGUCAAACUUUCUGCCAAACAUCGCAUAGUUUUGUUUAUAUACCUUUUGCUCUUUCGUAUUUGAUAGUUUACACCCAUCAAUAGCCUGGGAUAUUACAAACUUUGACAUAAUAACUUGGCAUCCCCCUGGUCAGUUCAUUAUAUAAAGGGUUUACUGUAAUCAUCAUUUAUUCUCAAGCAUAUUCACAACAAGAUAAGUGAGGCAAAUGUUAUCAGUUAAUCCGCAAAAUUGAAAGUCGAGCAGCUGGUCAUGGGAGAGCCUCUGGUGGCUGGGCGGGGCACUGGCGAGACAUUACUACAUCUGAAGCACAAAUAUUAUAAUAUAGUUUCCUUUGUAUGAUUCCUGCCAGUAUAAUUUUCUGAAGUGAUAAUCUUUACUGCUGUAAGUGCGACCUAGCGUGGCAAACAGAUAUAUAGAGGAAAUAGUGCACAAACAAGAACAGCUUCAAGUGCCCAAAGAAAAUGCACGUUUUCUGAAGAGCUGCUUACUUACGGACUUUCUGGGCGGUGUUGAUGGCGUAUCUGUGGUCUUUUUUAUUUACUAUAGUCAUGGUGCAUCGCUCCUUAACGAGACGAGUAAACGCUGUGUAUGUGUAAUGUUUAGCGUGGACGUAGGUAGAGAGAGAGAGGGAGAUAGGGAAGGCCAAGAGAGGAAGGGUGUGUGUCAUCCACUCUUUAAUGGCAAACUUGCUCAGCCCUGUAAUGUAACCCACCCUGCCUGCACUGAAUGUGGUGUGCAUGGAGAGCAUCUAGAGUGUUGUGUAUGUGAGGUGUGGUGACGUGUGUGUGUUUGGAGAGCGUCUAGAGUGUUGUGUAUGUGAAGUGUGGUGACGUGUGUGUUUGGAGAGCGUCUAGAGUGUUGUGUAUGUGAGUGUGUGUGUGGGAGCAUUAGGUGUGUUGGUGUGCAGUGUAGUAACAGUGUGUGUGUUGUUCAUGUUCAGUGUCCUUACCGUACGGUUUAGGGGCACAAGGUUUCCACAAGAAGCCUCAACAUUGGUACAUUUGUGUCCUGGGGCUCAAGCACCCGCCAGCCACACUGCAAGGGUGGCCAGCCAGGGUGAGGCUGUACAGCAGAGGAUGUGCUUCACAGGGUGCUGGGUCAGGCAGUGCUAUGCUUCCCUCCAUCCUUGCCUCCACCCAGCACAGACCUGCCACCUUGUUUGUAUGUCCAGCGAGACUGCCCUGGACCUGUGUAUGCAUGUGUGCGUGUGCAUAUGUGUGUGUGUGUGUGUGUAAGCAGUGGUGGGAGGUGCACAUGGGAGGUGGUUAGGAAGGUCCAACAUUUAUAAAUGUCUUGAAAAACUGAAAGAGUAUUAUUAUUAAAAUGGAACUACAUGUCAGUGUAAUAUAAAUUGUUAUAUUGUCAAUAACAUGUAAAUAAACAGAUGUAAUGUAAAUUUGUCACAAUGAAUAUUGUAUAAAU